AUUUGCUUUCUGCUUCAAAAUUCUGUCUUGUUUGGGGAUAGUUUCUGUGUCUGCGAAUAGCUGAGGAAACGCUUAUGUACAGAAUCUGGUCAUCAACAAAUAUGGCGGUCUGCAUAGCUGUCAUCGGGAAGGAGAACUCUCCCAAGUAUGUAUCGUGCCUAAACUCCGACAAUGAACUGCAGUUUCACUACAAGGUUCAUACAGCGUUAGAUGUUGUGGAAGAAAAGCUAUCACUCGCUGGGAAAUCAAACAAUGAUGUCCGAGAACUUUAUUUAGGACUCCUGCACUCCACCGAAGAGCAUAAAAUAUUUGGAUAUGUCACAAAUACUAAAAUCAAGUUCAUUGUUAUAGUUGAAGCUACUAACACUACGUUAAGAGACAACGAAGUAAGACAGAUGUUUAGAAGACUACAUGCAGCAUAUACUGAUGUUGUAUGCAAUCCGUUUUACAUUCCUGGAGACCACAUUGUUUCCAAAAAAUUCGAGAGUGUCGUGAAAAGUAUAAUGAGUGGCAAUCCGUGAUGUGCUCUGGUGAUAAUUUACAGGAUUGCACUUUGGGGCUGCAACAGUCUUUCACCAAAGAGUUGCUGUUCACUCAACUACCCAGAUGUAAACCGCCGCAUGUUCAAUUUCUUUAUGUAAAUAAUUUAAAAAUUUGUUGGUAAAUAGAUCUUUUUGUACAAACUGAAA